AUGCCAAAAGUCAUCUCACGCUCUGCGGUCUCGUCUUCUACAGACGCUCAACCGACCGCAUCAUCCGCUGCCGCUCUUCGCGUCUACUAUUGCAUAUGCGGGGAGUUCGUACUUGUUAUAGACAAAACCCUGGCUUCUCUUCCCCAACGAAAAACGGACGAAGCUAUCAUAAUACGAUCUCAAGACUCUGACGAUGGAAAGGCGCGUAUUUUCAAGCUGAAUGCUAAGCCCGGUGAUCCUGUUCUUGUGGAAAGAUCUCACGGAGGACAUGAGCGUCAAUAUCGCUUCCGCUGUCCCCGCUGCACACUUCUCAUCGGAUACCAGACUACCCCACCUCCAGUCAAAUCGGCACCCUUCCUUUAUAUUUUGAAAGGUGCUCUUACCCAAGCUCAAGGCCAGAUACCACCUGAUGCGUUUAGUGGGGAAGAAGACCAGUCAUCCAUGUUAUAG